GAAAGACCUCAUCGAACGACGCAAUGUUCGUUUCCUCGGCAAUUAGCGGCGAUUAAGACGACUAGCACCAUAUAAUCCAAAUGACGUCCGCGACGCAGCAAUCGACGCUUCGAGUGCUGACCGACCCAGGUCUCUACCUGCUCAUUAACGCCUAUAGCAAUGGUCUUGAGUUCAAGCACUGGACCAGCGCAGACCACGCAGCGUAUGCGGGUCACCUGUACAUCUUGCAGACUCGAAUGCGCGAAGGCCUCGAACUCGCUUGUACCACCAACGCCAUGGACUGGGCAGCGUGCAACGGUCACAUGGAGCUUCUCAAGUGGCUGCACAACCACCACGAUCGAGGAUGUACAUUUCGGGCGAUGGACUGGGCGGCAAACCACGGCCGACUGGAAGUAGUCCAGUGGUUGCAUGCGAAUCGUACGGAAGGGUGCAGUGCUGGUGCCGUGGAUAACGCUGCGUCUGGUGGGCAUCUCCAUGUGGUCGAGUGGUUGCUGACCAACAGAAGGGAGGGUUGCAGUGUCCACGCUAUGGACAGUGCGGCCCGACAUGGCCACGUCGAUAUGCUGGAGUACCUGCAUGAGCACACGUCGGAGGGAUGGACGAUCAUGGCGAUGAACGAAGCGGCGGGGUACGGCCACUUGGCUUGCGUGCAAUGGCUGCAUGAACACAAGGACGAGAACGCGGCUCUGUUCAAGGCCAGCGACAGCGAGUUCGACGAAAGUGCAGCAGCUUCGAAAGCAAGUGUCUUGGAGGACUUGUUUGGCGGGGAUGAUGCGUACGAAGAGGAGUUUGAUGAGACUGCGUUUGCGACCGAGUUGCCAUACAUCCCCGACCUGGAAUUUAUUGACGAAGACCAUUUCGACCGAGCACAUUUGGAUCACGACGUCGUGGAAGACAAGGUGAUGCUCGGGCCGCUCGAUAUUGCGGCGUCCAAGGGCCGGCUCGCGGUCGUUCAGUGGCUGCAUGCCACUGGGUACCCCUGCACUACCUACGCCAUGGACUCGGCGGUGGGAAACGGCUACUUGGAAACGUUCAAGUGGCUGGCAGCCCACCGCACAGAAGGAUGCUCGACAAUGGCCAUGGACGUUGCCGCCGAGAACGGCCACUUGGAAAUGGUGCAAUAUCUGCACGAAUUUCGUUCGGAAGGCUGCACGUACGACGCGAUGAACCAUGCGGCUCGCAAUGGUCAUUUGGAAGUUGUGAAGUUUCUACAUCAGUACCGACGAGAGGGUUGCACCACGGCCGCGAUCGAUGGCGCCGCAGAAAAUGGCCAUCUCGACGUUGUGGCAUGGCUGUUCCGCCAUCGAAACGAAGGAUGCACGACCGAAGCCAUGGACAAGGCUGCGUCCAAAGGUCACUUGGAUGUUGUGCGAUGGCUUCACUUUGACGCCCACCAGCACUGCACGACGUGUGCGAUGGACUAUGCUGCGGAAAACGGCCACCUCGACGUUGUUCAGUUCUUGCACGAGCAGCGCACGGAGGGGUGCACGACAGAAGCAAUGGAUGCGGCGGCAUUUCAAGGCCAUUUAAAUGUUGUCCAGUGGCUGCAUUUCCAUCGAUCAGAGGGUUGUACGGAGCAUGCGAUGGAUGGGGCGGCCGAAAGCGGGCAUCUUGACGUGGGUUUCGGUGCAUUUGUGUGAGAAAGCAAUGGCGGACUGAUGAAGUGGUAGGUGGUUGAGUGGCUGCACUGGAAUCGGUCCGAGGGGUGCACGACAGAGGCCAUGGAUCGGGCAGCGCGAAGUGGCCAUUUGAAAGUUGUGCAAUUUUUGCACAAACAUCGCCACGAAGGGUGCACUGUGAACGCAAUCGAUCGAGCUGCUGGCAACGGGUACUUGGACACCGUGCAGUGGCUUGUCGAGAAUCGGGACGAAGGGUUCACUGGCGCCGCCUACGAACAAGCCGAUGACUACGGGUACACCAACGUGAUUCAGUACCUCACGUCGCUGCAAGAGGCUGAGGAUGCACUCGAAGAUGAAGACUUCAUUCAUGUAGCGGGCUAAGGAUCCAUACACAUAUGUGCUGCGAGUGAAUCCUCGUGUGCAUGUUGGCCGGGACACCGAUUGGCAUGCAGUUAUCGAGGCAGUGAAGUAGCGCGGGUGGAACUACACAGUAACGUUAUUCCAGUGUUGCUCCUUUGAGACGGCUGAGGAUGGUGCUCGCUUCUUGCUGGUGUGCAGAAGGUGUGCUUAGCUUUA